GCGGUGUCCAUCCCUUGCCGGUAUUGUUUCUGUGUCUCCGCUGCCUGUGCCGGUGCCAAGAUGCCUCUGGAGAACCUGGAGGAGGAGGGGCUGCCCAAGAACCCGGACCUCCGCAUCGCGCAGCUCAAGUUCCUGCUGAGUCUCCCCGAGCACCGCCGGGAGGUGCCGCUCCGCUCCGAGCUCAUGGAGGCGGUGACUAGUAACAACAUGGCUCCUUAUUAUGAGGGUCUGUGCAAACACCUGGACUGGACAGUGGACAUGGACCUGUUGAAUAAAAUGAAGAAGGCCAACGAGGAGGAGCUGAAGCGGCUGGACGAUGAGCUGGAAGAUGCAGAGAAGAAUCUGGGGGAGAGUGAGAUCCGGGACGCUAUGAUGGCCAGAGCAGAGUAUCUGUGUAGGAUUGGCGACAAGGAAGGGGCCCUUACUGCCUUUCGGAAGACCUAUGACAAGACUGUGGCCCUUGGGCACCGCUUGGAUAUUGUGUUUUAUCUCCUGAGGAUCGGCCUCUUCUAUAUGGACAAUGAUCUCAUUACACGGAACACCGAGAAAGCCAGAAGUCUUAUAGAAGAAGGCGGAGACUGGGACCGGCGGAAUCGCUUGAAGGUCUAUCAGGGCCUGUACUGCGUGGCUAUCAGAGACUUCAAGCAAGCAGCCGACCUCUUCCUCGAUACGGUCUCCACAUUCACCUCCUAUGAGCUGAUGGACUACAAGACCUUUGUGACAUACACGGUGUACGUCAGUAUGAUAGCACUCGACCGGCCGGACCUGAGAGAGAAGGUUAUUAAAGGGGCAGAGAUCCUAGAGGUGCUGCACAGCUUACCCACAGUCCGGCAGUAUCUGUUCUCACUGUACGAGUGUCGCUAUGGUGUCUUCUUCCAGUCCCUGGCUGCCGUGGAACAGGAGCUUAAGAAGGACUGGCUCUUUGCCUCCCACUACCGUUACUACGUGAGAGAAAUGCGGAUCCAGGCCUACGGUCAGCUUCUGGAGUCCUACCGCUCGCUAACCCUCGGCUACAUGGCCGAGGCAUUUGGUGUUGGAGUGGAGUUCAUAGACCAGGAGCUCUCCAGGUUUAUAGCGGCGGGACGGUUACACUGCAAGAUAGACAAAGUCAACGAGAUUGUAGAGACCAACAGACCCGACAGCAAGAACUGGCAGUACCAAGAGACGAUAAAGAAGGGCGACCUGUUACUGAAUAGAGUACAAAAGCUCUCCCGGGUCAUCAACAUGUAGCACCUCAGGCAGCGCUUUUGUUUUCUUUUUAUUAUUGCGGGAGAAUGGAUUGAGGUGUAGAAACCUUACUGAGCUGUGUAUAAUAUCCUGUCUUAUUACUCAGUGUUUUGUGAGAUGUGCGAAGGCAUGUAGUUAGGGGUUUUUACAGUUUUACAGAAUGUAAACAAUCCAACGAUUGCAAAAAGAAGAAAAAAAAAAUAAACAAAAAAAAAAAGGAAAAAUAUAUAUAUAAAUAAAAACAAAAAAUAAAUCUAUUCGCUUUCCCAG